GCUCCAGCAGCCUGAGACCCUUACGAGGAAUAAAUGACCAAGAUAGAGUGAAUGAGUCUAUAAAAGGAUUCCUGACGCAGCUGAAGUUAAGGUUGAAUAUUUCUCUGAAGUGAGAGUAGAUAGUGUGAAUUCAGCACCAUGAAUCAGUGUGAGGAGAGAGAGGAUGAAGUCCAUCCCUGUAAAAUGAGAAAAAUGGAAAUUAAGACUAAAUCUCAGAGGUCCCAUCAGAGACAAGAAUCUGCUGAACAUGGACCUGACCCUGGAUCUGAAUCUGAACCUGAACCCAGCUGUGUGUCAUUAAAAAGCGACUACUCUAUGGAUUUUGGCGUAACUUUUAAAGACCAACCUGUGUCAGAGCCAAAAGUGGACCAGCAGAGCUCAGAGGUUCCCAGUGCUCAGUCUGUCCAGCAGCACCAAACACACCUGGACUCCAUAUUUAUGCUGCUGGAGGAAAACAUUGUCACGUUUGUGAAAAAGGAGCUGAAGAAGAUCCAGAAGGUUCUGAGCCAAAAUUACCCAGAACGCUUAGAGAGAGAGUCAAGGGAGGAUGAGGAGGAGUUGGGUGGUGAGGAUGAAGAGCAGAGGAGGAGCAACAGAGACGCAUUUCUGAAGAUCACAGUGAACUUCCUGAGGAGGAUGAAGCAGGAGGAGCUGGCUGACUGUCUGCAGAGCAGAACUACUGCUGCAGUUUGUCAGCAUCAACUUAAAUUUCAGCUAAAGAAGAAGUUCCAGUUUGUCUUUGAAGGCAUCGCUAAAGCAGGAAACCCAACCCCUUUGAACCAGAUCUACACAGAGCUCUACAUCACAGAGGGAGAGACUGGAGAGGUCAACAAUGAACAUGAGGUCAGACAGAUUGAAUCAGCAUCCAGGAAGCGAUACAGAGCAGAAACAACCAUCAGACAAGAAGACAUCUUUAAAGGCUCAGCUGGAAGAGUUGGAGACAUCAGAACAGUAAUGACAAAGGGAGUGGCUGGAAUUGGGAAAACAGUCCUAACACAGAAGUUCACUCUGGACUGGGCUGAAGACAAAGCCAACCAGGACAUAGACUUCACAUUUCCAUUCACCUUCAGAGAGCUGAAUGUGCUGAAAGAGGAAAAGUUCAGCUUGGUGGAACUUGUUCAUCACUUCUUUACUGAAACCAAAGCAGCAGGAAUCUGCAGCUUUGACCAGUUCCAGGUUGUUUUCAUCUUGGACGGUCUGGAUGAGUGUCGACUUCCUCUGGACUUCAACAAGACUAAAACCCUGAGUGAUGUCACAGAGUCCACCUCAGUGGAUGUGCUGCUGACAAACCUGAUCAGGGGGAACCUGCUUCCCUCUGCUCGCCUCUGGAUCACCACACGACCUGCAGCAGCCAAUCAGAUCCCUCCUGGCUGUGUUGACCUGGUGACAGAGGUCAGAGGGUUCACUGACCCACAGAAGGACGAGUACUUCAUGAAGAGGUUCACAGAUGAGCAGCAGGCCACAACAAUCAUCUCCCACAUCAAGACGUCACGAAGCCUCCACAUCAUGUGCCACAUCCCAGUCUUCUGCUGGAUCACUGCUACGGUUCUGGAGGAUGUGUUGAAAAGCAGAGAGGGAGGAGAGCUGCCCAGGACCCUGACUGAGAUGUACAUCCACUUCCUGGUGGUUCAGAUCAAAGUGAAGAACAUCAAGUAUGAUGGAGGAGCUGAGACAGAUCCACUCUGGAGUCCAGAGAGCAAGAAGAUGAUUGAUUCUCUGGGAAAACUGGCUUUUGAGCAGCUGCAGAAAGGAAACCUGAUCUUCUAUAAGUCAGACCUGACAGAGUGUGGCAUCGAUAUAACAGCAGCCUCAGUUUACUCAGGAGUGUUAACACAGAUCUUUAAAGAGGAGAGAGGACUGUACCAGGACAAGGUGUUCUGCUUCAUCCAUCUGAGUGUUCAGGAGUUUCUGGCUGCUCUUCAUGUCCAUCUGACCUUCAAUAACUCUGGAGUCAACCUGCUGUCACAACAACAAUCAACACACCAGAUGUCAACAAAACAAGACACACCUGCAGAGACACAGUUUUACCGUGACGCUGUGGACAAGGCAUUUCAGAGUCCAAACGGACACCUGGACCUGUUCCUACGCUUCCUGCUGGGUCUUUCAAUGGGGGCCAAUCAGACUAUGCUAAUAAGUCUGAUGAAACAGACAGGACGUACUUUGCAAAACAGGGAUUAUGCUAUCCAGUACAUCAAGAAGAAGAUCUCAGAGUCUCCCUCUGCAGAAAAAAGCAUCAACCUGUUCCACUGUCUGAAUGAACUGAAUGAUUGUUCUCUAUUAGAGGACAUCCAGAAGUACCUGGAGUCAGAAAGUCUUUGCUCAGAUAAACUCUCUUCUUCUCAGCGGUUAGCUCUGGUCUUCAUGUUGAUGUCAUCAGAGAGAGAUCUGGAUAUAUUUGACCUAUUUAAAUACUCUUCAAGCUUUUCAGAGAAGGACCUGGUGUUUGUACUGGGCGUGGUUAAAGUCUCCAAGAAAGUUGUCCUGAGUAGCUGUAACCUGUCAGAGAGAAGCUGUGAAGCUCUGUCCUCAGUUCUCAGAUCUCAGUCUUCUAGUCUGAUUGAACUGGACCUGAGUAACAACAACCUGGAGGAUUCAGGAGUGAAGUUACUGUCUGAUGGACUGAAGAGUCCUCAUUGUCACCUGGAGACUCUCAGAUUGAGUUUAUGUGACCUAUUGGAAAGAAGCUGUGAAGCGCUUACCCCAGUUCUCAGCUGUCAGUCCUCUACUCUGCGAGAACUGGACCUGAGUAACAACAACCUGCAGGAUUUAGGAGUGGAGCUACUGUGUGAUGGACUGAAGAGUCCUAACUGUAAACUGGAGACUCUCAGGAUGUCAGGUUGUCUGAUCACAGAGGAAGGCUGUGCUUCUCUGGCCUCAGCUCUGAGCUCCAACCCCUCCCAUCUGAGAGAACUGGACCUGAGCUACAAUCAUCCAGGAGACUCGGGAGAGAAGCUGCUGUCUGCUGGACUGAAGGAUCCACACUGGAGACUGGAAACUCUCAGGGUGGAGCCUGGUGGAGUCCGAUGGUUGAGACCAGGUCUGAGGAAGUAUUUCUGUCAACUCACAAUCGACACAAACACAGUGAACAGAGAAUUACAACUGUCUGACAACAACAGGAAGGUGACACAUGUGAAGGAGGAUCAGUCGUAUCCUGAUCAUCCAGACAGAUUUGACUGGAAACCUCAGCUGCUGUGUAGUGAUGUACUGACUGGUCGCUGUUACUGGGAGGUUGAGUGGGGAAGAGGGGUUCAUAUAUCAGUGAGUUACAAAAGAAUCAGAAGAAAAGGAAACCAUAGAGACUGUGUGCUUGGAUACAAUGAUCAGUCCUGGAGUCUGAGCUGCUCUGAUGAUGGUUGCAAUGUCAAACAUAAUAACAAAGAAACACCCAUCUCCUCGUCCUCUGUGUCUCACAGAGUAUCAGUGUAUGUGGACUGUCCUGCUGGUUCCCUCUCCUUCUACAGCGUCUCCUCUGAUGGACUGAUACACCUUCACACCUUCAACACCACAUUUACUGAACCUCUUUAUCCUGGGUUUAGGUUCUGGUCUCCUGGUUCCUCAAUGUCUCUGUGUAAAGUGUGGUACUGAGAGUGUGAUUCUGUCAGAGAAACAUUGUUGCAUUAACACGUAAUUAUGUUGAGGAAGAGAGCUUAAAGUAGUAAUCUUUGUAAAUGGUAAAUUAUUGUAAAUAAUUGUUUACGUUUGAUUGCCUCGCCUCUUGUUCUUUUCUACUUGUUUUUUUUAAACAAAAUAAAAUAGUGUGACAGGCUGA